CCUUUUAUUUUCCUUUUUUUUUUCUUUUAAAAUUUUUGCUGUCCACACCACAACACACCGCUGACCUGACUUAACCUCAACAUUGCCAUUUCGCUCUUCAUCUAACUUCCCCCCUUUCUCUCUCAACAAAAAUCAGCGCAAAUACCAGGUUUAUACUUCACUUGUGAUCGACAUGGCAGGAAGAGUUGUUGCAAGAUAUGUAUCUAGGAGGUUUUCAAGUGGCGGCAAGGUGCUAGGCGAGGAGGAAAAGGCUGCAGAGAACGUGUACAUCAAGAAAAUGGAAAAGGAAAAGCUGGAAAAGGCUGCUCGUCAGGGUCCUAAACAAGCAGAGGGAGAAGCGACUAACUCAGGGGCUCCAGCAGCUGAAUCUGUUAAGCCAAGUGGCUCAGAACCUUCAGCUCCCAAGAUUUCAACUGACAAGCACCGAAACUAUGCUGUCUUGGCUGGACUUGUCACUGCUUUGGGUGCCGCUGGGUGGUAUUAUAAGUCUGGUUCGAAGAAGACUGAAGAAGUCCAAGACUGAGAAGCUUCCUGAAUGAUCUGUUUCCUUGGUCUGGGGUAGUGCUUGGACAAGUCUGAUAAAUAAUCAAUGAGAUUUUAUCUUAAAACAUUGGAGUUUUUGUUAGGCAUUUUCUGAUCCCCAUGUUUACUUGCACAUGCACUGAAAAACGGUUGGUGAUAUAUACAUUACACUGUUAAAUGGAAAUAGGUGGAUUCAUGAACAUCAUCUGUUCUUUUGUUUAUAUGACAGGGUAACAUGGUUUUCCUAUGCCAAUUCCCA